UACUAACAAUUUGAGGCUAAGUAAUUAUAAAGAUUGCUUAAGAAAGAAAAGUAAGAUUAACAAUACCUAUCAUCAUCAUCAUCAUCAUCAUCAUCAUAUCAAAAUGCAAAUAACAUAUUAAUAUAGUGAACAACUCGAGCUAACUUCGGGCAAAAAUUCUGCAUCUCUACACUGCAGGUGCAGGAAAAGUACCGUGGUCUUCUUCUUCUUCAUUUCCAUGACACCAUGACCGUUUCUCUCAAACCCAUCGUCUUCUUCUUCCUUCUCUCAACGCUUUUCUUCGCCAUAACCCAACAGGUCUCGAUCUCUCUCAACACGACCACCCUUUCAAAAUCCGGGGACUCCGUUCUAAUCCAAUGGUCCGGGGUCGACAACCCCUCCAAGCUUGAUUGGCUCGGAAUCUACUCGCCGCCAAGCUCCGACCACCACAACUUCGUCGGAUACGUUUUUCUUUCCAAAUCUCCGUCGUGGGAAUCCGGGUGGGGUAAUAUCUCGAUCCCUUUGGUCAACCUCCGAUCCAACUACUCGUUCCGGAUCUUUCGAUGGACCGAGUCAGAGAUCAACCCCAAGAAGCGGGACCAUGAUCAGAACCCUCUUCCAGGGACGAAGCACCUGUUGGCGAGCUCACAGGUGCUCGGGUUUCAGCAGGGUCGUGGGCCGGAGCAGAUCCAUUUGGCGUACACUGACCGGGAAGACGAGAUGCGGGUUAUGUUCGUGACAGAGGACGGGGGUGAGAGGAGGGUCAGGUAUGGGAAGAGAGAAGGCGAGCUUGGUAACGUGGCGGUGGCACGUGUGGGGAGGUAUGAGAGGGAGGACAUGUGUGACUCCCCUGCCAAUGAGAGCGUGGGUUGGAGAGAUCCAGGGUUUAUUCAUGACGGGGUUAUGAAGAAUUUGAAAAAAGGAGUCAAGUAUUAUUAUCAGGUUGGUAGUGAUUCUAAAGGUUGGAGUACAAUUCACAGCUUUGUGUCUCGUAAUGGGGACUCUGAUGAAACCAUAGCUUUCAUGUUUGGAGAUAUGGGAACGGCAGCACCAUACUCAACCUUUAUUCGUACACAAGAUGAGAGCAUCUCCACCAUUAAGUGGAUCCUCAGGGACAUUGAAGCUCUUGGGGACAAGCCUGCUUUCGUCUCACACAUUGGAGAUCUCAGCUACGCAAGAGGCUACUCUUGGAUUUGGGACCAAUUCUUCAAUCAGAUUGAACCGGUUGCAUCUAAACUUCCAUACCACGUUUGCAUUGGAAAUCACGAGUAUGACUGGCCUCAACAACCUUGGAAACCUGAUUGGUCCUGGUCAGUGUAUGGAACAGAUGGAGGUGGUGAAUGUGGGGUACCCUACAGCCAUAAGUUUAACAUGCCCGGGUAUUCUUCAGAGCCGACUGGAACCCGAGCUCCAGCCACUCGGAAUCUGUUUUAUUCAUUUGAUAUUGGAUCUGUUCAUUUUGUUUAUAUAUCAACUGAGACCAAUUUUCUUCCGGGAAGCAAACAAUAUGAGUUCAUCAAGCAUGAUUUGGAGUCUGUUAAUCGAACCAAGACCCCUUUUGUGGUUUUCCAAGGGCACAGGCCAAUGUACACUACAAGCAAUGAACUCAGAGAUGGUCCAUUGAGGGAGAGAAUGCUAAAGCACUUGGAGCCUUUGCUAGUGAAUAACAAUGUGGCUCUUGCCUUGUGGGGUCACGUCCACCGGUAUGAGAGGUUUUGUCCACUGAAUAACUUCACUUGUGGAAGUUUAGGCCUAGUUGGCGAGAAAUUGAAGGCAUACCCUGUUCAUGUUGUGAUUGGCAUGGCCGGACAAGACUGGCAACCUAUUUGGAAACCCAGAGAUGACCACCAAGAUGUCCCAGUCUUCCCACAACCUAUUAGGUCUAUGUACCGUGGAGGUGAGUUCGGGUAUACAAGGUUGCUUGCUACAAAAGAGAAGCUCACUCUUUCAUACAUUGGAAACCAUGACGGUAUAGUACAUGAUAAGGUGGAGAUUCUAGCAUCUGGACAAGUUCUCAAUGGUGGGGUUAGUACAUAUAGUGCUGAUAACGAUCUAAAUGCUGUUGAAGCCACUCGUGAAGGUAAAGUUGAAUCCAAUUUCUCUAUGUUGGUCAAGGGAGCUAGUAUUUUGGUUCUUGGGGCUUUUAUAGGUUAUGUUCUUGGUUUCAUUUCACAUGCGAGGAAAGGGAAUGUCCCGGGAAAUAGUUGGACUCCUGUAAAGAGCGAGGAGAAUUGAAGUGGAUACUACAAGUGAACCAAACCACUGGUUAACAUACAGAGGAUUUGAUUUGCCCUGUAUUAUAUCUAGUGUUGGCAGGCUAUACGAGGCUCUGCUGCUGUUUAGAUUUGGCAGGCUAGGUUCUGAGGAUGAAGUUAUAUGACCAGAAUCUGCUUGUGUGAGUGCAAAGAUUGGACCUCCUAUGUACAUAUUCGAGGUUCUUUAUGACAAAAAUCACAUGAUAUAUGCACAAGGCAUGGUCAUGAUAUACAAGACUUGAAAAAUGUAAUUUUUUAAAAUGUAUUAUUCGUACUGUUCAAAUAACACACAGCUGUAUCCUGUAUCCUGUCUCUGCAUUAUUUCCUUGAAAGCCCCUCUUUCCAUCUCAGUUUUGAAUGCGAAAAUUUUCCAGUCUAAUAAAGUGGUGUUAUUUUUAUUUUUUUCA